AAUAAAAAGACAGAUCCAAAGAAGAAAAAACAGGGUCAUAACUCGAUCGAUCGGUAAACUCACUUCACAGCUCUCUCUCUCUCUCUCUCUCUCUCUCUCUCUCUCUAGGGAUUAAUUUGUACGUACCGUACGUUCUUUCUGAAAAAUGGCGCCUCGAGGAACCCUAGAAGUUCAACUUGUUGGUGCUAAGGAUCUGAAAAAUAUGGACGUCGGGAUGAUGGAUCCUUAUUGCGUAAUCACCUACAAAGAUCAGCAGAAGAAGAGCGGCGUGGCACGCGGUCAGGGGUCUAUGCCGGACUGGAACGAAACUCUGCUAUUCACCAUUGCUGGUGGUGAAGAUGAUCUCAGGAUAAAAAUAUAUGACCAGGACAGUGGUUCCCUUGAUGAUUACGUAGGAGAAUUAAAAAUUCCGCUAGAUGCAAUAGUAACCGACACUGGGUGCGAGGGGAGAAUGCCACCAACGCCAUACGAGGUAAUGAGGAAUGACGAAGUCAAAGGAGAGAUUACCAUUGGCCUCUUUUUCAAUCCUGAGCCUGGCCAUGAAAGCCGUGGUGAUUGCUGUGAUGACGAGGAAGAAGAAGAAGAUUGACAUGGUGGAUGCCUGAAGGAUGUGCUUUUUCUCGACGCCACAACUUUAUAUGUUAUAUGGAAAUGUAGCCUUUUUUUAUCUUUUUUACUUGCUAUGAAGAAUAAUACGCACGUUAAUCUCUGGUUUUGGAGAUUUCAGUGUUAGCAAUGGAACGCAUUGUAAUAAUAAAAUUACGAGAGACUUCGAAUGCGGUCCUUAGUUAUGAAUAUUCUUUGAUUGAAA